AUGUCGCUGGAAUACGUUCGUGAUAUCGAAUCAAUCAUGAAGGUGGGGGAUGAAAUUAAUGUGCGCGUCAUCAGUGUCGAUUUAGAGAAGAAAGAAUUUUCGUUGACGCUUUUGCCGGAGGGUGUGGAUCAGGAGCGAAAGGAAAUGGUCAUGGCCGCACGGGAGCGACGUCGGGCGGCGGCCUACGACGAGAACCCAGCACAAAGUGCGCCGGUUGCACGACGCAACGAGUCGCGGCGACAGCAAAUGUUGAAAGAAGCGGUCUCGCUUCUGUCGGAUGACGGCGCAAAGGCAAACGCUGCAGCGCCGAGCACUGAAGCCGCCAAUGCUGCCACUGCCACGAGCACCGAUGCUGAUGCUGAUGCUGAGGCUGCAAAGGAGGCUCCAGUUCCCGGCGCGAAGCGUGAUGCUGCUCAAAAACGGGGUGCAAUGCGCCAGUGGUUCGAGAGCACCCCCGCCGCAAAGGAUCAGAAGCUCUUUAUCCCAGGAAAAGUGGUAAGCAUCGAGGAGUACGGCGCGUUCGUAGCGAUCGGUGCCCCGACAGACGGCCUCGUCCACAUCAGCGAGAUCUCCAAAGACCACGUAUCCAAAGUCGAAGACCAGCUGAAAAUUGGCGAUGAGGUGCAAGUACGCGUCAUUGGUGUUGACCAGCGACGUGGUCGAAUCUCGCUCAGCAUGAAACCCUAUGAGGAGCGCCAGCCGAAAGCUUCAAGCGCCGCGGAAAAACGAGCAUCUGCACAACCAGAAUUUAAGACAACGAUGGAGCUGGCCUUUGAAAAAGUGCGUGAUCAGCUCGUAGCAGCAGGCUUAAUGAAGUAA